GACCGUCAUGAUCAAAGGGGCGGUCCAGCCACUUUGUUGAAAAGCCUUCAUCCUGCAUAGAAAGUGCAUCAAUGAUUCUAAUGUCCAGACUCUAUCCCUGCUGAAUCCGAAACCUUACACGGCGGCUGCAACCAAGCUCGACACAUGGAUCCGAACACGACCUCUGCUGCGGCACCAGCUCCGCGCGCCGACGAGCCCGACUCCAGAAACAGCCUCCGACACAUUCUAGCAGCAGAACCAGCCAUGGAAGACGCGAAGCCUGCCCCUCCACAGCCAAAUACUCCCGGCCCUGACGAAAGUGAGGCUGCACAGGAUGCUCCCAAGUCUGCAACCGACUCCAAGCCAUCUGUCGAGCCACCGAUGUACACGGCCACCACAACCACGACCCGCCGCAAUGCCAAUGGAAGCGUCUCCUCAGUCUACUCUGGCAACAAGAUUCGGCAUCUGAAGAAAGAUGAUGGCAUUCCGCUCUGGCGGAAGGACAUCCAGUACGACUUUCUUCGCUAUGUGUUCGAAGACCCGCAGACUGUGUUUCACAAGGUGUCGGACGGCUCAGGAGGACACACGUUUGCAGACAUCUACUUAGAUGCAAUGGCCAAGAGCAGCAAGUGUAGCAAAAUCCUGAAGGACAAGCUGCUGACAGAGCGACCGGCUGCCAUCAACAUGGCAAUGGUAUGUCUGCUGGUCAAUGUUGGGCGGAUGAACACUACUCUGAAUUUCUUUCCGGAAAUGCGUGCUCAGCUCCGAACCUACCACUCGAUCCCCUCCCUCCAAGCCCGGCAGGACCCGAAUGCCUACAAGCAGCUGCAAGAUGCACCGAGAUUGAAAUCAAUACUCAAGGGCGCGACCGAGGAUAUAGAACAGCCUAGCACGAUCGAAGACAUCAGGUCGCAUCCGAUCCCUCGAACGAAUCCCGUCAACCUGAUCUUCGUGCUCUCGCAAUACGCGCCAAAGAUAUCCGAGAUCCACUUCUUUCCACCCCGCGACUUCUUUGACCUCGUCAUGCGAUCAAAUCUUAGCAGCAGGAGUAGAGCCACCGCAUUCUUGUGGCUGAUGUGGUGGUACCUAGAGAGCGACUUCUCCAAAGAGGCAGCCCAAUCUAAUCCGUUCGGACCGGGACAAUAUGGAGUCGAUGGCGAUGCUACCAAUGGCUUGCCCAUCAAAUGUCCCGCAUUUGACUUUCUGACUCCGGAUCUAGAAGCAUUGGAGAACGUUGAUACCCUAGAUGAGAAAAACUUUGGUGAGAUCAAGCGAAAGGAACGAAUAGCCAUUCUAGCAAGUGACAUGGCGCCUGUUGUUACAGGCCCUAAGCGCACUAACAAGAAAGCCUUCAAUCAAAAUCCCGUCUUUUCAGUCCUGGCAGAUGAUGGCGCGUCUACUCCAGGCAGAGACCGCCAAUCUCCAUCUCAUGGCUCCGCGAGGGGUGGUCGAGGAAGCAAGCUGGCAAAGUCUAUCAUCGAGAGGGAUUAUCCCUCCGACACCGACCGCACACGCUCAGCCUCCCCACCCGCUAGCGUAUACAACACGGGGAAAAAGUCCACCCCAAAUAUGCGCAUCAACACUCUUCUAAAUGAAGACGGGCCAGCGUCAACCCCCGCACCCAAAGGCCCUGGCCGUGGAAACUGGUCUCGCAACCGCAACGGCGGAGGGCGCGGCUUCAAAGCCAAACUUGAUGCUCAGGCUACUUCUCAAGAUGGCACGUCUCCUUCUACAAAUGCCCCGGUUGCGACCUUCAACGGACCGCAUGGCUUCUAUCUCCCGCUAAACGGUUCAGAUCCGAGUCACAAGCGCACAAGACCCUUGACGCAGCACCAAUUAGCCGUCGAACAGUACCGGCGUCGGCGCGUCGAAGUUAUCCUCGACCGCGGCCUCCGCAUCGAAUACCAGCGCGCGAAGAAACAACGACAUCGUGACGGCGCCGUUAUGCGCGCCUGGGUACGCUGCAAGGGCAUGCCGGAUGGCUACGAUACAGACGAAGAAUCUAACAUCCAGGCGGUUCAACAAGCAGAUAUCGAAGUCGGAACUAAAACCCCGCCGCCGAUGUUCGCGGGCUUGGUCCCAUCGGAUUACUCGGGCGAGACGAACGAUCAUGGCGAAGAAGCGUACUACCGAGCGAAAAUGCUGCAUCGAGCGCUCCGUCGAAUGGAGCGCUGGGAAGGCGGUAGAGGCGUUGUACGCACGAAGAAGAAGGGGAAAGAGGGGGAUUUGGAGUGGAUGGAGAGUAAUGGAAAUGGCGUGGACAAGGAAGAUCGGGAUCAAAGUCCGGAUGCAGAUGCGGAUGAAGAUCAGGAAAUGGAGGAUGCGGACGAGGGGGAGAGAAGAGAGGAUGUUGAAAUGGAUAGUGAAGAGGAGGAUGAAGAGUUGGAGAGGCUGAGCAGGACCGGAUUUGGCAGGAAUGUCUUGCCUCCGUUGAGUAGGCUACAGGAAAAUGUAGAGUAAGAGUAGGGAUAAGUGGAAGAACAUAUUCUUCAAUGGUUUGUUGGGACUGGUUGUCACCGUCUCCUUCAGGAUAUUGUGGUAUUUGUAUGGAGCUUUGAUGUGUUUGGAAUCAUGAACAUUAGGACUAUCCAAAGGUUUGUUUGGGAGGAUAUUCGGUUUAGUUUCUAUUUUACCUCUAU